AUGUCAGAAACUAAAACGCAAAUGCAGUAUGUCAACCUUGGGAAAUCAGGUCUUAAAGUAUCCAAGUUGAUUUUGGGCUGUAUGCAAUAUGGCUCAGGACAAGAAUGGAUGAUUCCUGAUCACGAUGAAGGUAUAAAGCAAUUGAAAUACGCUUAUGAUCAAGGUAUCAAUACUUUCGAUACUGCUAAUGUCUAUUCUGGUGGAGAAUCAGAAGUGAUUCUUGGGAAAUUCCUUAAGAAACACGAAAUUCAAAGAGAAAGUGUCGUCAUCUUGACCAAAGUAUUCGGUACAGAUGGUAAAGUCGAAGAUAAGGGUCCCGCAGGAUGGACAAACCAAAAAGGUACCAACAGAAAGAGAGUUUUCGCUUCUGUUAAGGCUUCACUCGAAAGGCUUCAAGUAGAGUAUAUCGAUCUUCUUCAAGUACAUCGAUGGGAUUCCGAAACUCCUUUUGAAGAAACUAUGCAAGCUCUUCAUGAUGUUGUUCAAAAUGGCUGGGUAAGAUAUGUCGGUAUGAGUAGUUGUUGGGCUUGGCAAUUCCAACUUAUGCAGCAAUACGCCAUACAAAACCGACUCACACCUUUUAUUUCGAUGCAAAAUCAGCAUAGCGCAAUGUACAGAGAAGAAGAAAGGGAGAUGAUGCCAAUGUUGAAGCACUUUGGCGUAGGAGUUAUACCAUGGGGUCCUAUGGCAGCAGGGCUUCUUUGUCGACCAUUUUCCGAGAUGGAUAACACGACCAGGACGAAACAACCUGAUGGAAGAGGACAACAACCUUCUGAUAAACUCAUCAUCGAUAAAAUAGAAGAAAUCUCCAAAAAGAGAAACGUCACCAUGGCAGAAGUAGCCAUCGCUUGGAGUUGUCAAUCACCUUGGGUUACCGCUCCUAUCGUAGGCGUGAAAAGUACAGAAAGAUUGGAUGAAUUGAUCAAAGGAAUGCAAUUGGGUUUGAAGGAAGAAGAAUUGAAAGAGAUCAAUGAGCUCUACAAACCUGUUGCAAUCAGGGGACAUGCUUAA